AGUUUAAUGGGUUCUUGUUGUUAAACUAGCCAAGUAGUUGGAGAUUAGUAUGUAUUCCCAGAUGGAGGAGUAUAUAGUGGAGAAUUGAAAGAUGGAUUACCAGUAUGAAUGAUUAAUAAGUAAAAGCAUGGUGUAGGUGCUAUAUCAUUUGAGAAUGGUUCAUAAUUUUAAGGACAUUUUGAGAAUGGAAUGAAGAAUGGUAAAGGUAUUUUUAGAUGGAGUGAUAAUUCUUAUUAUGAUGGAGAAUUUUUGAAUGAUGCAUUUAAUGGUUAUGGUGAGUUUUAUUGGAGUAAUGGUAAUUGGUACAAAGGAUAAUGGAUAAAAGGGAAUAUGUAAGGUGAAGGAUAAUUAUAUUCUGAUGGUAAAACAUAUAAAGGUUUAUAAAUUUUAAUGAUAAUAAUAGGUGAGUUUGAGAAUGAUAAGAGAAAUGGUAAGGGAGAAUAAACUUGGCCAAAUAGAUAAAAAUAUAUAGGAGAAUGGAAAAACGGUAAAAUGCAUGGCAAAGGAUAACUUAUAGAGUCAAAUGGUAGAGUAAUUGAAGGAGAAUGGGUAAAAGGAAAAAAGAAAUGAUAAUUUCGUAUAUUUAAUUUUAUAAUAUAUAAUUUGAUUGAGAC